AUGAUCGAGACGAUUGGAACAAUAGACCACGACGUAAUUUUGGGUUGGAGGAAGAUCGCGAGAGAAGACCCCGACGAAGUGGCGAUGUCGACCGCUGGGAUAGCAGAGAUUCCAAGGAACAGCGCGAUCAACAAGAUGGAGGUGAGCGUACAAAUCGAGAUAGGGAGCAAGGAAGAUUCCCAGGUCGUCGCGAUACUCUUGGCAGGCAAAGACAUGACCAAAAUUGGCAUCGUGAUGGAAACGCGCAAGACGCGGGUGACUUGGAGGAAGACAAGACUCCCAUCAGAAAUCGCGAAUGGCGUCGAGGAAGAUUUUCAACGAUGGAAAGAGAGAAUGAAAGCUGGGGCUGCUCAAGCUUCCAGCGAUGCUCAGAAAGAGACGACCCUGGAACCCCCUAAAGAAGAACCAAAGCACCUCGAGAGCAAGCCGGCUGAUGGAGAGAUGUUUAGCAACCUUGGUCCAUCUUUCCAGGCCGAUCCUGGUCUGGACAACUUUUUCGGACUCUGGGGAAAGCGUAAAACCACUCAGGAUGAAUCCGUCUCAGAGAAUGUUGGCGCUGAGUCGAAGAAGGAAGUCCCCCCCGCGUUGAAACCAACGAAAUCUUCGAGAUUCGCUGGCUUUUUUAGCACACAGAGUGAAACCAAGGAUGUUGAACCUCCUCAGCCGAGCGCGCCCCGGCCCUCUUCAACUGAUGCCGACCAGGAAGGUUUUCAACGCAUUCUUCAAAUGCUUGGUGGUAAUAAAUCAAGAAAUGCCACCCCCCAAGUUGAGGAAUCCAACCAACCUCGCGCACAACACAUGCAAGCCGCCACCAGGAUUAGAAAAUCUAGUCGCUCAGAAGAAACCAAGCAGCGCAGGGACAGAAGACUCCUUUAUACAUUGACGAUCCUGCUAUUGCUAAUUUCCGCCGGGCUGAUGCAAAUGAUCCGCGAAAUCAACUUAGACGAAGACCCACUGCCGGGCCAACUGGAUAUUUCGACGAGAUGCCGUAUCCUGGCGUUUCAAGCGGAAAUCACACUCCAAACAACCCUCCUGGGCUCCGUCCUCAAGGUCCACCACAGCCACUCAUGGGUAUUCAACGGCCUCCUGGUCUCGAGCAAGUCAAUUCCGCCGGCUGGCCUAAUCAACAAAUCCCACAACAAGGGAACUCCAACCAGAUGA